UAGCUAUAAUACCUAUCUAUGGCUGGGCGCAAUAUAAUAUGCGAGCCAGCGUCGUCGACAACGGAUCCGGAAAACGGGCAAAUCCUGCAGACAUACGCUGCAGACGAAGGCGAAGGCCUCUUGCAGAUAUCCUUGCAUCAUGAUGGAGACCAAUAUCUAGAGAAACUCCUGUCCAAAAGCAGACGCGACUCGGUUUUCGAGCUACGGAAGCUACAGCACCAUCACAGACCUGUAACUGGUUUCGACAGUAAACCGGCGCUCGAGGAGCUCCUAGAGAAGCGUCGUCAGGCUCUGCCGCCGAUCGAGACAGACGUGGCGGCCGGCUCGUCGGAAUUCGACCGACGCGUGCGGCACUUUCAGUCCAUAACGUCGGCGAGCGACAGUGGAGAUACAGACUCGGCCCAAGAGCACAGGCCUUCUUCCAUUCGCCUGGAGAUUCGCGGGUUGAUCGAGCGGCAGCGAGUCCGCGUAAUGCUCAACAGCGCCCACGCGGGCGAGAUCGAGAGAACGCUGAACGACGCUCUGGAGAGACGUGAGCGGCAAAUGCAGCAGAGACGCAGGGCGCGCCCUCAAUCGAGGCCAGCACCUCAAGGAAGAAGCAGCAACAGGGUAGUAGGCGAACCACACGACGGAGGCGGGCAUUCCGCACUCGGCGGUUCCGCAGUCGUGAAUCUACGGCCGAUGCGGCAACCAGAAAACGGACAGCAGUACCCCGUACCCCAGCGGGACCAGAGCUGCAUACUUCGUCACUUGCGAGAGAGCCCGGCCCUGGGGUCCCUUCAGCCUGCAGAUAGGGACAGGAUUGUCAACGAAGUCGACAACCUAGUCCAGCAACAUCUGGUGACGUCUACGCUGUCUGGAGAACUCCGAGGUGUCCUAGAGCUCCACAUCCAAAAUCGAGUGGAUCACGUUAGAAGUGGAGUUACGGUCCAAGACAUUGGCCGUUCACUUCAGCGACGCAGUGAAUACACAGCCUCAACUGCUAGACCAUUUCAUCCCGAGGUUCCAUCAAGUGCGGCAAUGUCUGAGAUGCAGACGGAGCUGAGAGAGAUGAAGUCUCAGAUGCUGGAGCUGAAGCAGUUGAUGAGGACAAGCUUUGAACUCCAGCUGGAGAUCCAGAGAGCCAUUCGACAGGAAGUUGCAGCGGCACUAAUGUCAGCCUGUACUUCGCCAUCCCUUAGCUCCAUGCCCCCAACAUCUACCGUGCCACUGCGCAGCACCACAGUUGUUGAGUCUGGAAACUGUGUCAUCUGUUCAGAGGCCAGCAUAACCUCGGUCGUGUACCGGUGUGGACACAUGUGUGUCUGCAUGCAGUGUGGGCUGGAACUCAAGGCACAGGGACUCAAGUGCCCCAUCUGCCGAGCUCCAAUCACCGAUAUCAUCCGAGCCUAUUCCAGCAUGCAGUAA